AUUUGCUUGUGUUGAAUCAGUGUGUUUUAAUUUAUUGGGCCACCUUGAUUAAUUUUUAAAAAUAUAUUUAGCAGAAAAUGUCAUUUCUCAGUGUGGGCCGACAUCAAACAGACCCGGUCCAGAGAGCGAAGCGAAUGUUUGUCUUCUUUUGGCUCACCCCAAAGUGGUGGACAUCAAAAUUCAUGGUCCAGUCAACAAAACUGACCCAAAAUGGAUCAUCAGAAUUUCCAGUGCACCACCAUUUGGAAUGACGUUUUGACACGUGCUGUGGUGUUUUUGUGUACUUGCUCCAGUGUGUGAACGCGUUUGAGAGAAAUCACGUGGAUCUUGAAGAACAUUGCUGGUCGUCAGAAACCGUUUCGAAGUAUCAGUUAGACGUGUCGUUGGGGCUGCGCAGUAUCUGCGCAGUGGUGCGUAUAAGCAAAAAUGAACCACGUGUGACUCUACGGAUACGUGACGCGUGCCCGAUGUUUCACGUGAAACAAUCCCCGUGGACAACACAAGCAGUUCAAACUGAGCAACAAAAAAACAAAACAAAACAAAAAAAAAACAGCAGCAAAAAACAAAGACAAAACACCGACGUCUGCGCAUACUGAGCGCGUUCUUGAUGUCCGCGAAGGCGUGUGUACAGAUUGACGCUGGUUAUCAGUUAUGGCUGUAGCACCCCGACUGGAUUAGCAAACCGGAUUGUUUGUGUUUUUUGGUGCAACAAGUGAAACCAGAAUUAAACCCUUUUUACUUAAACAGUCCCUGAACCCGAAUCUGAGCUUUUAAACCUGAAGGACGGUAGCAUCUGAUCAGAAUCCAGAUCGCCAGUUGAUUGACGUUUGGAGGAAACGCCCUCAUUCUGUAUUCCCUAACACUCAGGAAAUGAUCCAGCUGAAGUGAAGAGCUCAUGGCUGUUCCCAAAGGCUGAAUCUGUCUCCUCGGCGUUAGAAGAGUCACCGGGGUGCAGUCAAAAAAAACUAUAAAGCCGGAACGCCUGCUUCAUCUCCAGGGAUCAAGCGGUGGAAUUUCGUCCGAGAAAACGUGCCGCGAUGCCGCGCUCCAAAGAAAUCUCUGAAGAGGUCCGCAGAAAAGUGGUGGAGGCUCACGAGUCCGGAAAAGGCUACAAACAGAUUUCCAAAGUCAUAGGGCUCCCGAAGACGACGAUCCGAGCCAUCCUGCGGAAAUGGAAGCGCUUCGGGACGGUUGUAAACCUGCCCAGGUCCGGCCGGCCUUCCAAGAUCUCUCUGAGAGCGAGGCGGGAAAUCAUCCGCGAGGUCAUGAAGAACCCCUGCACCACCUCGAAGGACCUUCAGGCAACGCUCGCGCUGUCGAACAUCAGCGUCCACCAGUCCACCAUCAGAAGGAUACUGGGGAUACACAGGAGGCCGACUCUGAGUUCCUUUGAAGGAAGCAUGGCGCUGGAGACAUCCAAUCCGGAGGAGGACAACGCGGUCGACGUAAAGAACGAGGAGGUGCUGAAAAACCCGAACACUAACGCUAAAGUACGCGACGACACAGAAGGUGCUGGACGUGACGAGAACGGCAGCGACGGAGGGAAAAGGUCAACAUGCGCUAACGGAGAAGACCAAACGCUAUCCGCGGGGGUCCAUGGUGGUGAGGAUGUUCAGAAGACGACCUCAACUGUCCAUGAUGUUCCUGAUGGUGAGACCUCGUCGACAAACCCAGGCAGCGCCGGCAGAGCUGAUGAUCGCGAGAAGAGCGAUGUUCAGACGCAUGACGUCACCAGUGCCUACAGUAGUAGUAAUAAUAAUAAUAAUAAUAAUAAUAAUAAUAAUAAUACUGAUGGAAAUUGGAACGAGGAAAUGGAUUACAUCAGAACGUUAAUGUUUUCUUGAACAAACACCUUUACUACGAGUGUGAGUCUCCUUCAUGGUGAUGGGGAAGAUCUCCAAAAUUUAGACAGGGGGGCAACUACAGUAGGGUCCAAGAAUUGUUCUCAGUUGAGGAUGAUGAUGAUGAUGAUGAUGAUGAUUAUAAAACCUGAAAUCCGUUUUUUGUUUCUUCUUCAUUCCGUUUAAUCUGUAACACUUUUUGUAUCGUGACUUGUUGUGUAGAAUGUUUUGUUUCUUGUGUAAUGUAAAUGUAAAGAAACACAAGUUCCUAAACGCGGUUUGGGAUUGUUUUUUUUUUGGACCCUUCCGUAUUGCGUCCCUGCAUUUCAGACAAUCCUGAGACGGCUCUAAUCCGAUUCCUCCACACGGCCCGAGUCGAUUCACACUCGCACUAUUAUUACGAGGAUUAAAGGAAUGUGUGUGCGCUAUAGAAUGCACUAAUGCUGGUGCUUUAUAUUGGGCUAAUCGGGUUAGCGUGGCUAGCUAUGACCAGCCGUGACCCGCCAAGAAAAAAAAGAUGAGGAGAAAUUCUUGAGUGUAAAAACACUCCGUUGUUCCGUUAGAAUCCGUUUUUGCUGAGACCGGGACUGAGACAACAGCGACUCAGUGGAACCUCCGACCUCCACGUGGAGAUGUUUUUGCACGUCCGGAUCUUCAUCUUCAUCUCGCUGGAAAGAAAAAAAAAACAGACCAAAAAUGAGUGACUUUGAUUUUGCUCAUGUAGCAUUUCAGUGGUUUUUUUAAAGCUAAUAUGUUAUAAAUGUCUCUGCAGUCGUGUUUAUCAUGCGCAUGUUUAUCCUCCAGACAAGAACAAACUUUUCUCCUCAUUUCUGAGAUUUUUGUUGUUUGUCAGAAAAAGUUCUCAUUAAUCAAUAAAACCGUUGAGAAAGUG